AUGGCUCCGGCAGGCUUUCCACAGUGUUCUUUGCGUUUGCGGCAGCCUCGCUCCAAGAAGCGUCGGCCGACCUUCAGGCGGCUGCUGAAGACCAGCGACAUGAAGCUGGAGAACAAGCUGAAGAACCGCCAGUUCAAGCGGGAGAACUGCGACAAACGGCAGCGGAAAGAGCGCAAGAGGAUGCGGCAGGCGCUCAAAGGCGCGGCGCUCGCCACGCCGCGCCCGCUGGACGUCACGGCCAAAAGGCCCGACGAGGAGGGGGACGACGAGGACUUCCUGGAGAGUUUGCCCACCGACAUGAUGGAGGACGACGACCUGCGACCCGCGCCGUCCUUCCUCGGCAGAGACCUGUCGUCAUGCGGCCCGGUGCACUUAGCCAAGAAGCGCAAAUCGGAGGCGGCGCCGGGCUACGAGAAAGUUCCCCGCAAGAUGGCCUCCGCGCCGCAGGAGGAGGUCCUGCAUCUUCUCCCCAUCAAAGACAAGACGCGACUCAUCCCGCAGAGCGUCCGUAGAGUGGUGACCGAGCGGCCGGAAGAAGAAGAAGAAGAAGAAGAAGUAGAGGAGGAGGAGCAAUUCACUCAAGAGGCCGAAAACGCUCAGGCAGAGUCGGAGAGCGCCGGGCCGCCGUCGGCGGCGCGGCAACGGGAAGUCCGAGCGCACAAGAUCAGAGAGAGGAAGUCGACCAUCGCGCGCUUGGCGUCCGCCGUCGUCGCCGACCCCGUCCGCAACAUCAAGUGUGUGAAACAGCUGCGCGGCAUGCUGACGGAGGCCGAUCCUUGCGUGGCGGUAACGGUUAGGAAGUUGGCGAUGGUCUCCCUGAUGGAAAUCUUCAAGGACGUCGCCCCCACCUACAAGAUCCGACCUUUGACGGCCGCCGAGAAAGCCGCCAAGGUGAAAAGGGAGACGCAGCAGCUGCGAGAGUUUGAGGAAGGACUGCUGAGUCAGUACAAGUUCUACCUGGAGGAUUUGGAGCAGUGCAUCAAAGACUGGAAGCAGAAGAAGAGCAAGCGUAGCCGGGCGGUGGCGCUGUCGAGCUACGCGGGCCUGGCGGGGGUGGCCGUGCGCUGCCUGUGCGAGCUGCUGCCGGCCAUGUCGCACUUCAACUUCCACAACAACAUCCUGGUGGCACUGGCGCCGCUUAUGAACGACCGCGCCGAGACGGUGUCGGCCGCGUGCUGCGGGGCCUUCGCCGAGCUGUUUCGCCGGGACAAGGCGGGCGGGGCCUCGCUGGCCGCCGUCCGAGUCGUCUCUGGUCUCGUCAAAAGCCUCAACUACGACGUUAGGCCCGAGGUCCUGCGGACGCUGCUGAGCGUGCGCAUUCAAGAAGCGCACGUGAAGAAGGACCUGAGCGACACGGCCCCCGCCGUCCAGAUCAUGACUCGCAAAGACAAGAACAAACUUUCGCGAAUGAAAAGAAAGUGGAAAAAGGCGGAGGAGAAGCUGCAGCAGGAGCUUCUGGAAGCCGAAGCCUCGGAAAGCAAAGACAAGAAGAUGAAAACGCACACGGAGACGCUCAACAUCGUCUUCCUCAUCUACUUUCGAAUACUGAAAAAAGCCCAGAAGUCCGUCCUCCUUCCCGCCGUCCUGGAGGGGCUGGCCAAUUUCGCGCACUUGAUCAACUUGGAGUUCUUCGACGACCUGCUGGACGUGCUUCAAGGCCUCGUCCGGUCGGGAGAUCUGACCCACCGGGAGAGCCUUCAUUGCAUUCAGACCGUCUUCACCAUCUUGUCGGGACAAGGUGACGUCCUGACCGUGGACCCGCUCCACUUUUACUCUCAUCUGUACGCCACGUUGCCACGGCUGCACGCGGGGACGCCCGACGAGGACGUGGUCAUCGCCCUGCGCUGCGUGGACGCCAUGUUGAUACGCCGCAGGAAGCGCGUCAGCGCGCGGAGGGCGGCGGCCUUCCUCAAGCGGCUGGCCUCGCUCGGCCUGCACGUGGGCCCCGCCGCCGCCGUCGGAACGCUCGCCGCCGCCAGGGCCGUCCUCCACUCUUUUCCCAAGUGCGACUUCCUGCUGGACAACGAGCUACAGGGCAGCGGCUCCUACCUGCCGGAAGCGGACGAACCCGAACACUGCAACGCGCACAACACCGCCUUGUGGGAGCUACACGCGUUGCAGCGGCAUUUCUACCCGGCCGUGCGUCGGCUGGCGUCCCACCUGAGUCGCGGCGCGCCCGCCGAAGGCGUCGCGGCGCUCCCGCCGGAGUGGAGUCGCAGGUCGGCGGCGGAGCUCUACGAAGAGCACGACGUCCGAGACGUGACCUUCGACGCCCCGGCGGCGGCGCCCAAGCGCAAGAAAAGGGAAGUUUUCAUGGUGGACGGGUCGCCGCUGGACAGCGACCUGCGGCGACGUGUCGACGACGUCCUGAACGACGGUCCGGGGGCGGAGCUCGACUUUACGACCAAAACCCAUGCGUGCUGA